GCCUCGAGGGAGUCAAAGGGCGCGUGGAAGCGGCUCGCGAUGGAAGGAGCGUUGUGGGGGCGCGCACGGGAGCGGCCUGUGAGACGAUAGAGCGAGAGAGAGGGAGAGACAAGCACCGGAGGAGUCCGCCCGCCUUCCCCUCCCCCCCUUCCCUCCGUACACGUAGCUCGGGCCUGACACCGGUCACCGCCCCGCCGCCUCCGCCUUCCUCCUCAUCCUCCUCCCGGGAUCCUGUGACCUCCUGUCACCGCUCCGCCGCCCCCUCCCCCCCUCCUCCACCUCAUCGGGUCUCCCUCACCGGUCUCCGCCGGUUUCCGUUCCUUCGCCGGAGGAGGGGAGGAGGGGGAGGUAGGCCGCGGCUCCAUGCGCCACUUCGCGGCCUUCCCUCCCUCCCCCUCCUCCUCCUCCACCGCCACCAACGGACUACUUCACCGACACUGACCCCCCGGAGACCUGGACACCCACCGGGACCGGACACGAUUCUUCAUACAGUUGUGGGGAAAGGCUGGAUUUUUAUAUGGGCAAAACACAUCGCUGCUUUCAACUAUGGAGUCGUAUUGAAAUCCAUUGAAGACUUAACAGCGAAGCGAAGUGCGAUUUCCUCCUGGUGGUGCUGAGAUAUAUAGGGGUCCGUCUAAAGAGACGGUUGAUGACGAAGCGAUUGGGGAAUAGAUGAAGGCCAAGUAGGGAAGGCAAAACGAUGCCCAAGGGUGGGUGUUCUAAAACACCACAGCCGGAAGAAUUCUCUCUAAGCUACGACAUGGUGGAGAAACAAACUGGGAAAAAGGAUAAAGAUAAAGUUUCCCUAAACAAGACUCCAAAGUUGGAUCGAAGUGAUGGAGGGAAAGAAGUGAAAGAAAAAACGACCAAAAGAAAAUUGCCUUUCUCAGUCGGAACCAAUGGAGAUCAAAAAGAUUCUGAUACCGAAAAGCAGGGACCCGAAAAGAAACGAAUCAAGAAGGAACCUGCUAACCGGAAGUGUGCGUUACCUUUUGGCAUUGGACUUUCAGGGAUGCGGGCCGGGUACCCUUUAUCGGAGAGGCAGCAGGUCGCCUUACUUAUGCAGAUGACAGCCGAAGAAUCUGCAAACAGCCCAGUGGACACGACACCAAAGCAUCCUUCUCAAUCUGCAGUUGGCCAGAAGGGGACUCCUAACUCCGCCUCCAAAACCAAAGACAAAGUUAACAAGCGAAAUGAGCGGGGGGAGACCCGUCUGCAUCGGGCCGCCAUAAGAGGCGAUGCGCGGCGAAUCAAGGAACUAAUUAAUGAAGGCGCCGAUGUCAACGUUAAAGAUUUUGCAGGUUGGACGGCCUUGCAUGAGGCGUGUAAUAGAGGUUACUAUGAUGUGGGAAAACAGCUCCUGGCUGCCGGGGCCGAGGUCAACACCAAGGGCUUGGACGACGACACCCCCCUGCAUGAUGCGUCCAACAACGGUCACUUCAAGGUUGUAAAGCUCCUGUUGCGGUAUGGAGGGAAUCCUCAUCAAAGUAAUCGGAGGGGCGAAACCCCUUUAAAAGUUGCAAAUUCUCCAACUAUGGUCAAUCUUCUCCUGGGCAAGGGUACCUACACCUCGAGUGAAGAAAGCUCAACUGAAACUUCAGAAGAGGAAGAUGCACCUUCAUUUGCACCCUCCAGCUCGGUGGAUGGCAAUAACACAGACUCGGAGUUUGAGAAGGGCCCGAAACGCAAAGGCAAGCGUCGGCGUCAUCGUCCGUCAAAAAGUACGCCGGUGAAAGACGAGUACGAGUUUGAUGAAGACGACGAAGAAGAUCGUGUGCCUCCAGUUGAUGACAAACAUUUGCUGAAAAAAGAGUUUCGGAAAGAGGCUAAAGCCAACAGUCUUAUUGCUGUUGCUAUUGCUAUUCCUAAAAUGGAAGUAAAAACGUUUGUUAAAAAUACAACUGCGCCAAAGAAAGCUGCUCGCCGUAUCCUGUCGGACACUUCAGACGAGGAGGACGGUUCCAUCACCAUAGGGGCCCCUGAAAAGCUCUGCCUGUCGGCUCCUACCGUCCUACCGAGCAAUAAAACCAGGGAGCAGCCUGUAGCAAAGCAUAAAGAGAAAGGCAAAGUCAAAAAGAAGCGGAAGAAAGAUGCAAAAACAAAGGAAGUAAAGUUUGAGAAGAAAAACGUAUUUUGUUCCUCUGAAACAGAAAGUGAAAACUUAGAGAGUGAUGUAGAAAACGAUAUACUUUCCUUAGAAAAUUCAAACUGUGUAAAAGACUCUGCCUUAGCAUUGAAGGAGACUUCUUUGUUUAGCUCUCUUUCAGCAUCUUCAGCAUCUUCUCAAGGGAGUUUAGCAUCACAGAAGCACAAUGCUAAUAUCCCUGACCAGCACUCCAAGCACUGGAGAACGGACAAUUGGAAAACGGUAUCUUCCCCUCACUGGUCAGAUGUUAGCUCUUUAUCGGACUCCACAAGGACACGGUUGACUAGUGACUAUGAUUACUCCUCAGAGGAGUCCAGUGUAGAGUCUGUAAAACAAGUUAAAAAGAAACACGAGCACAAAAAGAAAAGCAAUAUGCAUAACAGCAUAUACGAAAAGAACUCUUUUCAUCUUCACGUAGAUGGGGCAAUUCCAAAACUAGAUAAAGAAGGUAAAGUAGUAAAAAAACACAAAACUAAACACAAAAAUAAAGAAAAAGGGCAGGCUGGACAAGACGUUAAAAUCCUUAAAACCUUUUCUAUCGACUACGACGACUCUAAACAAAAAUCGGACAAGCCAUUAAGUUUGGACGUUGACGUUCCUGAAAAAUUAAAAGUAUUAAAACAUGAAAACGAGCACCUCAGAAAGGAGGACAAGCUUUCAAAAGUAAAAUCUGAGAAAGAAGACUGGGGCUACCGGGAUGAAAGUAGUAAGGUUACCAAAGAAGAGAAGUCAUCUAAAAAGAAUAAAGAGGGCAAGGACAGUAGUAAACUUUUUAAAGAGGACAGAGACCGCUCUGGAAAAACAGAAAAAACUGUCAAAGAAAAAUCCCCCAAAGAAGAAAAGAAAGUCCACAAAGAAGAAAAGAAGAAGAAAACGAAAGACAAGUCCUCCAAAUCUGAAAAGAAAAACGAGCUAAAAGAGGAGAAAAUUUCCAAACCCGAAAAAGACAAAAGUUUCAAAGAGGAGAAGGUCAAGAAGGAAAAGUCUCACAAAGAUGAAGCACCAUUCGAAGAAUUAAACAGCAAAACCAAAUUUUUAGAAGAAACCAAGUACACUUCAGAUGAUCAGGGUUUAUGGAUUUCUGAGAUGUCCUCAGACUCUUCUUUUGACUUCAAAGCUGAAGAUAGCUGGGACUCUUCCUUUGCAGACUUUAGAGAAAGCAAAAACGAUUCCAUCCCUAAGCUUAUUGUAGAAUCUAUCAAGGAGGAAGUCAAGGAAAAAGACUCCAAAAACAAAGACCGGAGAGAAUAUGGCGAGACGCAACCAGAGAAAGAGACUGUUGUAAAAAGAAAAGAUCGAGACUCUACUGACAAAACUUCUGACAAAAAGAGAGAUCAGACGGAUGCACACAAAGGUGCCACCUUGUACACAGGUGAGCGUGAGAAGAAGAGGAAGGACUCUCUCGACACCACCAAAACACGAAAAGAAAAAGAUGUGGACUCCGCAAGGAGGGAUUCUUUAGGAAGCAAAGAACGGAGGGAUUCUAAAACUAAACCAGAAGAACAGUAUAAAGAAGACCUGAAUGACCACGGGUCAGAGACCUCCUUUAAAGAGAAGUCAGAACAAGAGCCAAUUACUAAGAAUUCUGAGACACGGGAGAGGCAUCACUCUGGCAAGGAAAGGCGGGACGCGGAGAGGAAGGAAAAAUCUAAAUCUGAAAAACAUCGCGAGAAAUCAAGAGAUUCAGAAAAGCCUGAAAAACUUGACCGAAGUCAAAAAGAAACGGAGAAAGGGUCUCAAAAAAAGAAAGAGGAAAAGUACAAAGAUAAAGUUUCCUCUGAGCAGAAAACUGAGAAGAAAGAAAAGGAUUUUGGGGACAAGAGAGAUGACAAGAAGGCCAAAGGGAAAAACUGGUAUAACAUUGCGGACAUCUUUACAGAUGAAAGUGAAGAGGAGGAUAAUCUAUUCAUGCCAGGGUUCAAAAUCUCGGAGGCGUAUGUCAAUGAUCUGCACAGAAUGGAUAGUUAUCAUGAGCGGGAGAAUCCUUUACAAGACAAAGAGCCUUCCCAGGCUGAUAAACACAGAAGAAAUUCCAGUGAAAAACAUUUGGGUGAAAAACAAAAAGAUCGGGAACCAAAAGAGAAGAAGAAAGAUAAAGGUCAGUCAGAAUCAGGGAAAGAGAAGAAAGAAAAGAACACUGAAAAACACAAAGAGAAAAAAGAUAAGGAGUCCCUUGACAAAUACCGCAAAGACAGAAUGUCAGUAGAUUCCAACCAAGACAAGAAGUCUAAACAAAAGGUACCAGGUGAUAAAAGUGAAAAGAGACACCAGACUGAGGAGAAGGUCAAAAACAAACACAAGGAGAAAUCUGAUAAAGAUCACUUUAAAGAUCGAAAGUCCUCUAAAGGUGAUACUGAGAAGAGUCUUCUGGAGAAAUUGGAAGAGGAGGCCCUCAAUGACUACAAGGAUGAUUCCAAUGACAAAAUCAGUGAAAUCUCUUCCGACAGUUUUACAGAUCGGGGCCAGGAUGCUGGCCUUGCAAACCUGUUGGAAGGUGCUGUGGUGACCACUAUAGAUUCAAUCGAGGAAAAAUGUAAAGAUUCUGUACCUGGUUUGGCAGAAAAGUUGAAGGAAAAGGAAAGAAAUAGGCACUCUAGCUCCUCUUCAAAGAAAAGCCAUGACAAGGAUAAAUCACGAAAAGACAAGUCUGAUAAGAAGGCUGAAAAACUGGAUGAAACAAGGGACACCUAUAGCAGGCGAGAGUCCAUACAGUAUGAUAAGGAGACUCCAACAGCAGAUGGAGACACUUUCUCUUCAUUUUCUGUUAAGACGGAAACUGAAGAGGAAUUGGAUAGAAGCCUAGACUUUGCUUUUGGUUCUGAAAAAGAGAAGCAUGAUUCUGAAAGAGACUCACUAAAAAAAUCUGAAAAGGACAAAGCAUCAUACUCUUCUGUUGUGAAAGAAAAGAAAAAGAAAGAUAAACAUCGUGACAAAAGCAAAGAUGACAAACACCGAGACAAACAUUUGGAAGCCUUCUUUAAGCAUCACAGGGAGGAGCCGAAACCUAUAAGUAGAGAUAAGGAAUCUCCAUUACUUUUAAAAGAAAAAUCUAAAGACGAGGUGGUAAGAUUUGGCGAUCUAAAAAUCAAAGAUAGAAAGGAUAGCUUUGAGAAAGAGACUGUGAAGAUCCUGAAUGGUACAGAGAAAGUCACCCUUAAGGACGCCAACAAGAAAGACAAUAAUAGGCCACGAGAAAAACUUCUUGGUGAUGGAGAUCUAAUGAUGACCAGUUUUGAAAGGAUGCUGAGCCAAAAAGAUCUUGAAAUUGAGGAAAAGCAUAAAAAGCACAAAGAAAGAAUGAAGCAAAUGGAAAAGAUGAGGCACCGCUCUGGAGAUCCCAAGCUAAAAGAAAAAUUAAAAUCGGAAGAACAGCGUAAGAAAAGUCUGGACUUGACUGCCAAAAAACCUUUGGUAACGGAUCCACUCCAAAAAGAUAAAAAGUCUAAAGAUUUAUCAUCCAAUGCAGCACCACCUGAAAAUAAAGCCCCGGCCAUUACUGGGAAUGAUUCGAAAGAUUGGCUCAAUGGCCCACAAAAUAAAGAAGUGCUCACAGCUUCUCCAAGACCUGAUCAAAAUAGGCCAACAGGUGUCCCCACUCCUACAUCUGUCAUCUCUUGUCCAAGUUAUGAAGAAGUCAUGCAGACCCCAAGGACCCCGUCUUGCAGUACCGAAGACUAUCCAGAUUUGAUGUUUGACUGUUCAGAUACGCAGCACUCUUUGCCUGUGUCUGCAAUGUCUAUGAAUGCCUGCUCACCUACGUUUUUUGACCGUUUUUCAGCAACAUCCAGUGGAAUGCCCGAAAACCCAAGUCAGACACCUACUAGGGUACCUUGUUCUGUGAAUCGUAGCCAAUCUGUCUCUGUUGAUGUCAGAAGAGUUCCCGAAGAAGAGUUUCCUCCUUCAGAAAUGAAAUUUUACAGACAGCAGAGUGUGCCGGCAGCUUCUAGCUUCAGUUCGCCAAUGCAUAUAACAAUGGAUGAGAAGAUCCAACCACUUGUUCCUGAAGAAAAAUUCACAUGCGGGUCUCCAAGUUACUUUUCACCAGACUACAGGGCAGUAUCUCCUCCAAGAGUUGAAGUUGACGAUACUUCCUGUACACCCGCAGCUGUUGCCAGUAUUGCGCCAUCACCUGACCGUGGCUAUUUGGCAAAAUCCCCACCAUUAGAAAGAGAUGACUUGCUUGAGCCUUCUACAGAAAGUGCCAUUCCUCCCGAUCUUGGCCUGCCAUGUGACUCUGCUGAAGCACAACAAGCUACAGAAUCCAUUUUAUCCCAAGAACCAAGCUAUUCACCACCUGAGUCUAAUUUUCUGCAACAUGAACCAGCCUAUUUACAGACUGAUGAUAACUUUAUGACAAAUGAAAAUAGCUUUUCAGCAGCACCCGACUUUAUGCCAGAGGAGGAGGAGGAGGAGGAGGAGGAGGAGGCACCACCACCUUAUAUACACCAGGAACCGGCCUACAUUCCUCAACAGCCAGACUUUCUAUCCCAGGAGCCAGAAUAUUUGCCUUCAGAGCCAUCCUUUAUGCCACCAGAACAGGGUUAUGUUCUUCAUCCAGGAUCUAGUUUUCCCUCCACAGACCCUGCUUAUUUGCCCACCGAAUCUGGAUUUCAUACCCCACAUACAGAAGCUUCUUUUUUACCCCCGGAACCUGCAUUUUUACCACCACCUACAGAAUCUGGUUUCCUUCCACCUGUUGAAGAGAAUACAUUUAGCUCAACAAUUUCUGAUCAAAAUUUAGAAUGGGUCAGUCCACAUAAUAGAAAUACAGACUCUGUUAUCCCCCCAAGUUUAAUGAGUAACCCCCUGGACCCACCUGGGAACUGGUCAAUGGCACCUGAGCUUCUAAAAUCUCCUCCGAGGUUCACGGAGUCGCCUAAGGAUUUUUGCUCGCCUGAAAAAUCUAUUGCUGCUUCAGUUCCAUUUAUUUCUUCUGAUUCACCUUAUCCAGUUUCUCCCAUUCCCUACCCCUUGUCCGAACCAGCCCCAGAUGAACUGAAAGAGGAUAGGGAGCAUGUUGAAGAGAGCCUGCCUCAGCCGGAUGAUCAAGGUCCAUAUGAAUCUCCAACUCCUCUUACCAACUUUUUAAAUAACUGCGAUGAUCUAUCAGAUGAUCAGCAGGCAUUGGCACCUGAGUCUCAACUCAACACAGAACCUCUAGAAGAUGCAUUGGCCUCCGUUAAAGAAAGUUAUGUGGAGCCCAGUGAUGUUCAACCACCACCUACUCAAGAUCCAGAGCCAUGGCCUGACCCAUUUUCUUCAGCUGUGGAGGAUCUGGAUCUUGGACCAUUUUCUCUGCCCGACCUUCCACUUCCUGUCAAAGAAGAAAGUGAUGCCGAGAUCUGUGAACAGCCAAACAUCAUUGCAAGGAGUCCCGAUGUUCCUCCCGAUGUUCCUCCCGAUGUUCCUCCUGAUAUUCCUCCCGAUGUUCCUUCUGAUGAUCCUCCUGAUGAUCCUCUUGGUGUGUCCAAUGAGGAUGACAACGUUGAAAUGCCUCAGGUUGAAACUGAUCUCCCACAGCCAGAGACUCCUAAAGAAACAAAUACAGUGGAAAUGGAGGAACCAAUACCCGAAGUUCAGGAGCAGAAAGAUGACCACGCUGAAGAACCAACAAUAGACACUGAACAACUAUCCCAUAAUACAAAGCCAGUGUUUGAACCAACAAGCUUUGCAAUACCUUAUGUACAACUGGAAACUCUUCAAGAAGUAGAGAAUAAGGUACAGGAAAGCCUAAGUUCUUCUGCAGAUACCUGCACUCCGGUGUCACCAAAGCAGACUGAGGCCGAUGUGAAAGAAGCCGAAAGUCAACCGGUGGAAACAGUUGCUAGUGAACCCGUCGUACAAGUCGAGGCCCCUCCAGUUAACCCUCCAGUAGAAGUUCAAGAGCAAAUGCCAAAAAUAACAGUUGAUACUCCAAAACCCCCCAAAGUAGACGAGAUUCCGCUACGGAUGACUCGAAACAGGGCUCAAAUGCUGGCCAACCAGAAUAAGCAGAACACUUCCACACCGGAGAAGGAACCACCUGUAGCAAAUACACCAUCGACCCGUGGAAAAAGUAAAGUCGCAGAGGAGGAAGAUUCCCAAACGCACCCCCGCAAGAAGAAGUUGCAGAAGCCCAAUCAACUUCAGCAGCAGAUAAUCAGCACCACCAGUCAGCAGACGCGGGAGAUGAUCCAGCAGACCUUGGCGGCCAUCGUUGAUGCCAUCAAGUUGGACGACAUUGAGCCAUAUCACAGCGACAGGUCGAAUCCGUACUUUGAAUAUUUGCAGAUUAGGAAAAAAAUUGAAGAGAAGAGGAAAAUAUUGUGUUACAUCACACCUCAAGCCCCUCAAUGUUAUGCUGAAUAUGUGACUUACACUGGCUCUUAUUUAUUGGAUGGCAAACCUCUGAGCAAGCUUCACAUCCCAGUGAUCGCACCGCCGCCAUCGUUAUCGGAUCCGCUAAAAGAAUUAUUCCGGCAACAGGAAGCGGUGAGGGGGAAACUUCGCCUGCAACACAGCAUUGAAAGGGAGAAACUCAUCGUGUCUUGUGAACAGGAGAACCUCAGAGUUCAUUGCAGAGCGGCCAGGACAAUUGCCAACCAGGCUGUGCCUUUUAGUGCCUGCACCAUGCUGCUGGACUCGGAGGUGUACAACAUGCCUCUGGAAAAUCAGGGAGAUGAAAAUAAAUCCGUCAGAGAUCGGUUCAAUGCCCGUCAGUUUCUGUCCUGGCUGCAAGAUGUGGAUGACAAAUAUGACCGGAUGAAGACAUGCGUGUUAAUGAGACAGCAACAUGAAGCCGCCGCCUUGAACGCUGUCCAGAGGAUGGAGUGGCAGUUGAAGAUGCAGGAACUGGAUCCGACCGGACACAAAUCCCUCUGCGUCAACGAGGUUCCCUCUUUCUAUGUGCCAAUGGUGGACGUGAACGAUGACUUUGUGCUCUUGCCGGCAUGACAAGGCGGACUCUCCGGGGUUUUUCUUUUUUUGGUUUUAUUUUAUUUUCAUUCAAAACUGGCAAGGGCCGGCCCCCUUGGCUAAGAAGAGCUCAGUUUUCGCUUGCACAGCUGCGUCGAGAAAUAAAGCCCCUCCCCCCACUCACCGUGCAAUCUUCAGAAAUCAAAAUCUUUUAAAAUGACCUUUUUAAUUAUUUUAUUUUUUGGCUUUAUGUUCCACCUUGUCGGGACAUGGUGCGAUGACCUCAGGUCAGCCAACGCCGGGGCCCACUUUGCAAAGCAGAUGGGGCCCCUUUUUAUUUUUAAUACAUUUUCUGUUCCUGGAAACUUCCUGCAGGUCCUGCAUGUGGUUCAUACUGGUUUAGGAUCCUCACCCCUCCCCCUCCCCCCCAGCAGCAGCGAGCAUGGCUGUCCUGAAUUUCAUUUUAAAAAGGAGACCAACACCCGGUUUGUGUCACACGUUCCUCCUUUUCCCAUCUUUUAAUCUCCUCGGGCAUUUUGUUUUCUCUUUUCGGAGAACUUUAACUUGAAAACACUACAGAGCCAAUACUCUCCUAUAUGUAUAAAAAAAAAGACAAAAAAAAGUAUCUGGUAAAUUCUGUACAGUUUUUUAUACACAUUACCCGAUGUACUUUGCUGCCUUCUAGAUAAAUUAUUUUGCAAACACAUUACUGCACAGUUGUAAAUAACUUAUGUACUGUAACAUCACUUUCAGUUUUGUGUAAAGAAAUAAAUUAAAAACUAAAAAAAAAAACCACAAAAAACUUUG